AUGCUACCGGCACUGACAGUUUUCUUCAUGUUGAUCUUUGUCCUGCUUUGUUUCCUGGGGAUCCUGGCCAAUGGCUUCAUUUUGCUGGUGCUGAGCAUGGAAUGGCUACGGCGAGGUAGGCUGCUCCCCUUGGACAUGAUCCUCUUUAGCUUGGGCGCCUCCCGACUCUGCCAGCAGUGUGUUGGGCUGGUGAACAGUUUCUACUACUUCCUCUACCUGGUUGAGUACUCCAGGGGUUUUGCCCGGCAGAUCAUUGGUCUGCACUGGGACUUCUUGAACUCAGCCACUUUCUGGUUUGGCACCUGGCUCAGUGUCCUCUUCUGCACCAAGAUUGCUAACUUUUCCCAUCCUGUCUUCCUAUGGUUGAAGUGGAGGCUCCCGGCAUUGGUGCCCCGGCUCCUGCUGGGCUCUGUCUUGGUGUCCUUCAUCGUAACUCUGCUCUUCUUUUGGGGCAACUACACUGUAUAUCAGGCAUUCUUAAGAAGAAAAAUUUCUGGGAACACAACCUUUAAGGAGUGGAAUAGAAGGCUGGAAAUAGACUAUUUUAUGCCUCUGAAACUCGUCACCAUGUCAAUUCCUUGCUCUCUCUUUCUGAUCUCAAUUUUGCUAUUGAUUAAUUCUCUCAGGAGACAUACCCAGAGAAUGCAGAGCAAUGCUCACAGCUUGCAGGAUCCCAGUGCCCAGGCUCACAGCAGAGCUCUGAAGUCACUCAUCUCCUUCCUGAUUCUUUAUGCAUUGUCAUUUGUGUCCAUGGUCAUUGAUGCCACAGUCAUCAUCUCCUCAGAUAACAUAUGGUAUUGGCCCUGGCAAAUUAUACUUUAUUUGUGUAUGACAGUUCACCCAUUUAUCCUCAUCACCAAUAACCUCAGGUUUCGAGGCACAUUCAGGCAGCUACUCCUGUUGUUCAGGGGUUUCUGGGUGGCCUAG